GUAACGAAUUUGCCGCGAACUUUGUGUUUUUCGCGUGGUCACCUGUAACGUUCUGUUCAGUAUUGUGAAAUCAUAAGGUACAACGGUGCAAAAUCAAGACAGAUGUCAUUAACAGAUCAGCUAAGGGCCUUAGCUGUCCCCAUUACGUCGAGCUAUGUAGUUGACACUGUUCGUCGCAAGUCUUUGAUUUACGAAGAUGCUUCGAAAAUCGACACUCAAUCUUGUUAUUCAAGCUGUUUAAAAUCAUUUGAAAAAUUAUGCGAAAUGGAGAACGCUUUUACUUCAUUUAGCAGUACAUUGUUUUCUGUGACAUCAUGUAAUUUGGAAAUGUGCAACCUUUUGCCUCAAGAAAAAACAAAACUAGAUAACGAAAUCUCCAAGUUCCUAUGCUACAUUUCUUCUUUUCUUAAGCAUUUUGUUGCUGUGCAGGCUUUAGAAUGGCUAGUAUUCAAAUUUCAGAUUCAUGUGCAUUAUGUUGAAGAUUUUAUUCGAUGCAUCAUUCCAUAUCAUGAAACUGGUCUGUUCGUCAAGUUCAUUCAAAUUUUAAAUUUUCAACAGUUACCUUCUUGUUUCCAAUGGUUGAAACCAUAUGCGGAAAGUGGUAAAAGCAUAUCACGACAGGAAUUCGCUCGUAUGUGCAUUCGUGAACAUACCCUUAUUCCAUUUAUAUGUACAACCAUCCUUAGUUAUACAGAAUGUUGUCGCAAUUUGGUACCAACAAGACUUAAUGAUAUGACUAAUUUUUUCUUGGCAAUUGUAACCGCAUUGUGUGAUUCUGGUGCUCCUGAGAAAAAACUUAUCAAGAUACUAGAUUCUUUCCAGGAUGUUAUAAAGCAAGGAUUGCGGUCUAAAAAUAUAGUUCCUUUUCAGUGUGCCACACUUUUGGUCGUAUUACGUUUCAGUUUGAAGUUGAUAAUUAAUCAAGAACUAGUUCUCGAUUGGAUAUCCUGUAUUUUGAAGAAAACUCGACCUUCUUGUGAGUGGGAGUCAAUGCGUAUUAUUAUCCAACUGAUGCGAAAUCAGCGCAUUCCUUUGUUACCUCCAAAGCUUACAGAGCGUCAAAAUGUUUUACUUUCCAAACUAUCUGUUGAAGAACAACGUGCAAUUGAAGAAGAACUGUCGGCGAUAGUCAAUGAAUGUAGCGAUCCUAAUAAAUUAGCGGCAGAAUGUAUUCAGAAAUUCGAUUAUGUUAGAAAAGCUACUCAGUUUAUUGACGUUGACAUGAAACAUCUUGGGUCAGUAACAAUGGAACAGAAAACUGCUGACGAUAUUUUAUUGAAAGAAGAUCUCAAGUUGAAAGUAGAUGAGAUUCACGCAUUUUUGUCAAGCAUCCCUAAUGUAGGCUGUUGUGUAAUGAAUUGCACUUCGUCCUGUCCUAGCGAACCUCUGCCGAGAUCUGAGCAUUGGUUGUCUGAUGUGUUACUUGAAAUCUUUUCUGAUGAAUGUUUUAAUAACAAUGAUUCUGAAGAGCAUAAAGUACACUAUUCAAAAGCAGAAAUACAACGUUAUAUUCGAUUACUGAAAUUGGUUAAAUCUUCCAUAAAGAUUCACGUAGAUUCAAGUAAAUAUACUCAAGGGCUGGUAGUUGCAUCAGGUACACCGAAACCUAAAUGUUCCCGUAAAUCUAUAUCGUCUUCAUAUGGUUUGUUACAGAAAGGUGUUGACAAAGUUCUACCACUCUUGGCUGCUUGCUUAUCACACCCCGCUGCUACUAUUCGCGUAGAGGCGUACGAUAUUUUACACUUUUGGUUAAAAAGUGAUUUAUCAAAAGAUAUGGAGCACACACCGAAUCUUUCAACUUUUUGCUCAACUCUCGAUUUGACUUCGGAUUUUGGAGUGCAGAUAGAUGAACUGUUUUCGGAAGAAGUAAGAGAGUUGCUCCUAGGUGAUCCACUCUACUCAUUAAACAAAGUGGCUUCUCUCUUGAUCAAGGCUGUUGUUCGCCUGCUAUUCAGUCAAACAUUAAACCUGGAUAUCUCAGAGCCUGAUUCAGAAAGUAAAUUUUCCACUGUCUGCUGGAAGGUCGGCCUCUGUUUACUAAAUGAGGAUACCAUCGGUGAUAUUCCUCAUAUUCCACCUAAUCAGACAGAAGAAUUUGUCAAAGGCUGGUCUGGGUUUCUAAAUUUGAUACAGUGCUCCAACGUUCAUUUAAUCGAUUUGCAUCAAAAAUGUUUAUCUCGUCUUAAUGCAGCAUUAUUUACAUCGUUAGAACAUUCUACUCUCUCAAUGGAUUCUAAUAAAGGGAGGACAUCAGUUUUGCGGAAAUCAACUGGCUAUCUGCAAACUCUUAACAAAAACGUACCGAACGCAGAUCCUUAUCAUGGACCUCAGUUUAGUGUACUUGAUGCUCUAUAUAAACUUGGUCACAAUAACGAGCAGUUUGAUUUUGAUUCUGUUCAAAAAGUAUUUUCUCGUCUUCAUCUAAAUGCGGUCCAUUUCGAUUAUUUGUUCAUAAAAUCAGAUCCGUCAAGAACAGUUGGUAGCGAUAGCAGGUCACUAUUUGCUCGAGUUGCAGAAGCUCGAGAAUCUCGUCGACGUAGUUUACGAUCACGAAGAACCAGAGAGGUUGGUUGUGAAUCAUCAAAUGAUGAUAAGAUGGCUCAUUCAGAAAGAAUUCGUUUACGAUUUCUUAGUAUGUUACUAUCUGUUCUAACUGAAGCUGUACCACGAUUACAAUCAUUUGAAAUGACAUCUGCGGUUCAGAAUAAAUCAAAAUCUGUUGAUUUGAAUACAUCAAUUACAGCUGUGGAUACAAAGUCACCAAAUAUUGACAUAAAGAAGAUAAAAGAUCACAAUUUACCGGUGAAUGAUUUGAUCACUCCAUUAGUGAAUCACCUUACAAGCAUAUUAAACAUGGAGCAGAAUUUGAAACAAAUGGAAUCAAGUACAAAUAAAGCAAGCAUUUCUGGAGAGUCUGAUACAGAUAGUGAUAUGGAGUCGUUACCUGGUGAUUUGUCUGAUAUUCAUGUGGAUCAAGAAGCAGCAAAUAUGUUGGCUAAUGAAGACACCUGUAUUCGGCCACUGUUACGUCAAUGCAUUUAUAAACUUUUAAUUUGUAUCACAACUAUAUUUACUGAAGGUAAUCGUUUUAAGCGACUUCGUAAAAAACGUUCUUUUUGGAGAACACCAACAGACCAAUCAGGUUUACUGUACGGUUUGACAGCUGCACAAGUUGCUGUGGAUCCAAUUUUCCUUUGUCUCACUGUUUACCCUGACUGGAUAUCCCUGCAUCAACAAAUUCUACUUUGCUUUAUUGAACUAUCUGUCAUGUUUCCCAAUGUAUUGUGUCAUCAUUUAGUGUCUUUGGUCCAAUGGGUUGCGUGCAAUCGUCAGCUUAUGCGCUUAGAUAAUGCUCAUAAUCUUAGUAUUUUGGGACGUCUAAUAUUAGUAACUGUUCCUGCGCUUAUUCGAGCAUCUUCCGAACAAAUUUCUGCUGGUCUUUAUGUGCUCUAUCUCUUUGUUAUCAGAUUUCCUGAGUUCUCCACGAAUUUGGCUCGUCGUCGUUUAGCAUUUUACACGGUGUUAGUACGUGGUUUAUCUCAAGUAACUGGACCAUUCAUAACAAGUAGUGAACUAAAUCAGUCUAUUCCACCAAAGAAAGUUACAGAUGAAAUAAAGCCAACUAAAAAGGUUGAGGUAGCUUCACGUGGAGGUGAUAGUAAAAUUUCAUUACGACCAAAAGAAAGUUGGAUUGGAAGUUGGCUGUGGGUUACAUCACUUGUAUUCUUGAAUAAAAAUUGGCAAACACAAUCAGUUGCUGAUGAGAUUGGACCUUUUCUUAUCGAGUUGUUCUGUCAUUUCGGGUGGGAUCAUCAAGUGGUUGGACUAUGUGAAUGCAUAGAUUUCUUGAUAUAUUUGUGUACCAAUUCUGGUGAUUAUAAACUUCCUCAGGUUGAUGUAGCAGAGAGUAGUGGUAGUGUCUACAUUGAAAUUGGUCAUUCUCAAAAGCGAUUAAAAUUAAACUCAUCGUUUGCCAAUCCCAGCAAAUUAUCAACCGACAACCUAUCGAUUGGUGUCUCUCAAUGUCUGCCAGACAACAUUAGUGCGGACACACCGAUUUCUUUUAGCCAACUGGCUUCUUUUAUUUUCAAUUCAGAUAACGCAAUUCAAACAAGCGAACAAAUGCAAACAUUUUUACACAGUUCAGUUGUUAUAACAUUGAAGGAAGUGUGGCUUUUAGUCAAUCGAACUAUACAGUUUAUUGUAGCACUACUACAGAAUCCUGAUUAUUGUGAUAAAGUUCAGACAGCCUUCAGCGAUCCAUCAGGUUUAAGCGCUGUUUACGGUCGACUAGUAGAGCACAUUGUUCAGUUAAUGCUCGUUGUAGCUAAUUUCCUAACGAAAGUGAAAAAGUCCGAUGAAAAAAUGACAGAUGUAAUCUCCUGUGCUGAUGGAACAUUGUCCGGCUUGCAAUCAAUUUUAGUACAGAUCUUGGACUCUGUGCCUGGUCGAGUAUUCAUUUCUAUGAUAUUAGAUUUAUAUUCCUGUGAGAACCGUGGACUUCGCCGAAAAGCUCUCGACCUAUUGUCUGCUAAAUUAACAAGUUUAACUGUGAAUGUUCAGCCAGUUCCAAUUUUAAUUGAUUUUACGAAAAUGAAUUACAAAUCUUACCUGAAGUCUCAUAAACACCUAGUUAGCCGAAAUUUUGUUGAUUUAAAUCGUACCAUGGAGGCGGGCUUAGUUCAAUUCACUGGAAAGCUAAUUUCAUUCUAUAAUUUAAAAAGCUGCAAGACAGAUGAUCCGUCAAUGUCAAAACAUAGUAAUGUUUUUGGUUCAGGAUUUUCACGUCAGUGUUUGGCUUGCUUGAGGAGUUUGACCAAAUUACUGGCCUACCGUUAUCCAGGAGAAUUCAUGAGGGCUUUGGACAGUCUGAUGACGGCUCCUAGUAAUUGGUGGAUUACUAUUACAGAUACUCAUCAAGCUUCAGUCAACUCAACUGGUGAACCACUUGUAGAAAGCAGUCCACAUGGACAUCAUUCUGGGUCAUCUCUUGCUGAAUCAAGAUCAUUAGCAUGUUUGUUUUUCGUUGAAUGCUUGCAACGUUUACCACCACAAUCCUUAUAUCCGGAAGCAAGUGCAACAAUAUCCCGCCUCAGUUGGUUACUUUCUUUUGCAUUGGACCACGCUUAUACUUGUACAUCUUUUGCUUCUUCACCGAAGUUAUCUGUAAAACAAUAUUGGUCUGUAAACUCACCAUGUAAAUCAAAUGAUUGCAUGAAAUUGGUCACUGGUUCUAUGCACUCAAGAGAUCAACACUUAUUGGCUAGUUUAACACUGAUCAGCAAUCUACUUGAGUUAGCCAUCAUUCAUCGUUUGUGUCAACAGUCUAAAGAUGACUACUCUUCAGACAGUACUGAGUCAGCGGCUGGGAAGUGGUUAGAAUUCGGGAAUAUGACUAGGAAAAGUACGAAUAAUUCAGUGUAUCAAGAACCCGUUUCCGUAACGCUGCUAAGUUUUGUGUUUCAGCUCCGCAAAGACAACUUGUCUAUACUAACGGGUUGUAAUCCGGAACGUUCUGCUCCUAUAUUUCGUCAGAUUUCAAAUCUUGUUGAACAUAUACAUAAACUUCUUCGUCAUGUAACAGAAGUUACUUGUUUACUUACAUCAAUUCAGAUUGUAAUUGAAAAAGCCUCUAAAAUCAAUAAUAAUGCUUUAUUACAUGGUGCUUUGUCGUUCUUGUCUGAUGUUGGCGAGUCCAUGGCACUUGUUGAAGAAAAUGGUGUAAUCUCUUCUAAAGAUGAAAACCAAUCACAUUCCUUUGCAAUAAUGCAUGCAACACAGCCUGACCUGUUAUGGCAUCUGAUCCAUACUUGUUUAUGUACAGUCGUUAAUAGACUGAAUAAAGUUGAUCUUGAAAAUAUUACAGAAUUAAAAACCAAUGACAUACUUUUAUGUCUCUACCGUUCUGUUGCUAGCUUAAUCAGUUCAUUACCGGAUGAUAAUGCUCGCCUUAGAAUUUGUCAACAGUUGUUUGCAUGGAUUCAUGCUCAAGAUAGCGAAGAAGAAUCAAAUGAUGCUGAUAAUGUCAAGGAUAUUACUGAUCGGAUGCUAUUACGUUUAUCGAUUGUAUUCAGAAUAAUAGAAAGAAUUCCAGAUUAUAUAAAUACAGAAGAAUUUUCUGAAUUAAGCAAACAAUUGUAUCUAGUUGAUUAUAUUGUUUUAUUAUUCAUCAUAGCUAUCGGUCAUAAAUUUAAAGGUGCUAAGAAACUGUCCAAUCGGUUAGGUUUUGGCCGAUCACUGUAUUGUUAUUCUGAUGGGGCUACAUCUUGUGUUUUAAUUUGUAUUCAUGCUUCUUUGUCGUGUUUGCAUAAAUGGCUUAUUGGAGAAGUAAAAAAUGUUGGGUGCUUGGAUGCUGCUUCUAUUGGAGAAUCAAUACAAUAUAUUCCUUCUGUCUUAAUUGGAUUACUCGAUGUCUCUCAUCCAUCUUCUCAUGCACCUCCAAUAAGUGAAGUUGAUAUUCAAGAUGUUUUAGGCUCGUUUUUGAAUGCGAUUUGCGGUGAUGAAGCUUAUCUUCGUCCUCUUGGUUCUGCACUGACUGAACGUAUCAUGCACUCCAAGAAUUGGCGUACUAGGUUAGCUGCAAUUCGGUUGUUAAAGUUUGUAUUUAAUCAUUCAAAUGAUCAUGAAAUCGACAACGAUAGAGACGUUACUAUGGAUUCAAAACUUUCUGGUCCUGUCAGUUGUAUUGUAUCAGAUUCACUCUUAGCCCUAUCAGAAGCGUUCGAAGACGAUAGGCCAGAAGUUGAAACUGAAGCCAAUAAACUGUUUGCUGAAUUAGAACAAAUGGGUUUGACUGCUACAAAAUCAUAAACUAUUAAAUUAUCAGAAGCUUUAUUAGCUGAUGAAGAUCAUAAUUAUUUUGAACUAAAUCCUUUUGUACAGUUUUUCCUAUGUGCUUUCUAACUCAUGUGAAUAAAUAUGACUUUGUGUGAAAGAUAUCAUCAUUUGUACAUGGUUUCAGUUUAUGUCUUGAUCAAUUAUAUUUUUUUUGAUAAAUA